CAGGUAGUAGGCCCUGGCGACAAGAUACUAGAAGUUCCAUCUCAGGGCACGCUCCGCCUGUCAGCUGGCCUUACGACGCAUGAAGGUGCCGUGGUUUCUACCAAGGGUGGUAUCCUAAAAGCAACACGGACAGGUCAACUUUACCUGGAAGGCCGGCAGAAACGGUACAUACCCGUGGAGGGAGACGUGGUGGUCGGGGUAAUAGUUGACAAGCACUCCGAGAACUUUACAGUCGAUAUUGGCGGUCCAUUCAACGCCGUCUUGCCGCAGCUCUCCUUCGAGGGCGCCACCCGCCGUAACCGACCAAACAUCCACCCUGGCGACCUGGUAUACGCACGCGUCGUCCAGGCGCACCGCGACACGGACCCGGUGCUUUCAUGUGUGGAUGCUGCGGGCCGUGCGGCCGGCUUCGGCCACCUAAAGGGCGGCAUGGUGCUCUCCAUCUCCUCAGCCCUGGCACGACAGCUGCUGGGAAGCCCCACGGCACCGGUGCUGGAGGCGUUAGGCUCGGGGCUGCAGUUUGAGAUGGCGGUUGGUCUGAAUGGGCGGGUGUGGUUGACAGCAGGCACAGCCGCGACAUGCGUGCUGGUGGCCAAUGCGAUCUCGGAGAGCGAGUUCAAGACGCCGCAGCAGGUGCGGACCAUGGUUGCUCGGCUGCUUAGCCGGAUUGGGUGA